AUGCGGCAUUCCUGGAUCCCCGCGAUUCUCCAACCGAACUUUACGUGGACACGAAAAUCCCCAUCCUCCCCUUCUCGAUUAUCCAACGAGAUCCCUCCAACUCCAGAACCUAGCCAUCCUCUCGUUCGACGAUUUUGGGGGUACAUACAUUCGUUCCUUAAGCGAUUCUCGGUUUACUAUUGCCGUUGGGUUAGAAUUCCUUUCGACAAUCAAAUUAUUCCGCUACCAUUUGGCCUGCUCUUGAAAUGGUCGGAUGGAACACGACUCGAAGAAGUCCUUGCAACUAAAGUAUGCCGCGCCGCAGGAUUACCAACACCUAGAAUCAUCUCUUACGGAGACCACCCAAAUACCCCGCAUGCGCCAGUAUCUAUCUUGAUGACACGACUAUCAGGCCGUGAACUUGGCCAAGUAUACGAAUCGCUUAGCCAAAAAGCCAAAGCCACAGCUCUUAUAGAGCUUAAACUUUACCUGUCAACUAUUCGGGGGUGGAGAAGUCCAUGGGGCGACGAACGAGUUUGCUCUAUUACAGGCGGUACUAUCCGAAGUAUCCGCGUCCCAGAUCAUAAAGUCGGCCCUUGCGAAACGCCUCAAGAAUUCCACGAGUAUUUACUCGCGCCUGUCCGUUACCCUUCUUUUGUUUCAGAAGCUGUAAAUAAAGAAAAAGUACGUAGCGCGAGGAAACUUCAAUCCCUACAGCGACCUGGCGUUAAAUUUACACAUGGGGAUAUUAAACAUCACAAUAUACUUGUAGAUGAGGAAGGUCAUAUUACUGAGUUGCUGGAUUGGGAGUCUGCUGGUUGGUAUCCAGAGUUUUGGGAAUACACUACAGCAUUACGAUUUGUGCCAAAAGACUUUUGGUGGUACGAGUUUUUAAUGGACCUUGGUGCACAGCGUUAUUUAGAAGAAUCAGAGUGUGAGAAGGCGUUGACGAGUUUGACGGCCGAUUCAUACUCGUGGUGA